UGCUAUCCAAUGUCGCAAGAAGGCCGUUUUUGUAAAAUUCCUCUUAUUAGGUUGCUUGGUGCCGUCACAACUGAGUUAAUCUCAAGUUUUACUUCCACUCUCGAAUCAACGGUUAGUACUUUGUAUAAUCUCCGUGUCCUUGUGCCGUUGCUUCACCAGACAAUCCUUUCUACUGUCGUUACUUCUCCGAUGGAUUGGCAAGGGCAAAAGCUAGCGGAGCAUCUGAUGCAGUUGAUGCUGGUAUCUUUUGCUGUGGUGGCAUUCAUCGUGGGGUACGUGUUGGGAUCAUUUCAAACAAUGCUUCUUAUAUAUGCAGCUGGUGUUGUCUUGACCUCUCUAAUUAUAAUUCCCAAUUGGCCCUUCUUUAAUCGCCACCCUCUAAACUGGUUGGACUCAAGCGAGGCUGAGAAGCAUCCCAAACCGCAGGCUGCUAAUUCUGGUCCAAAGAAGAAGGCUUCUAAGAAGUAGGUCAUUUGGCUUAUCUAACAUAAGUGUUACUUUAUUGGAGUUCUUCUUUUUUCUGGUUUGGGAAUGUAUUGGAUACAUUUUAUUUGGCCUUUUGGGUUAAUGAACGGCAAAAUGUUGCUGCAACUCCAUAUAGCUGUGAAAGGAACUAAGGAAGUUUAGUCUUUACGGUGCCUCAAUAUUUACCCUUUUGCUUUCAUUUUUCCCAAGUAUGAUCUUACAUCUAUUGGUCUUGGACAGAUAUGUUGAUGUGAUUUUGGUUAAUAUUGUCAUUCGUUUUUU